AACUCCUUUAGUUAAACAUGGCUAGUGGUACGGCCAUAAUCUUGCUGCUAGCUGCAGGCCUGCUGGCCGCAGAAGCUGCUGCACCUUGGUGGAAAACUGCAUCGUUCUAUCAAAUCUAUCCGCGCUCCUUUAAGGACAGCACUGGCAAUGGCAUUGGCGAUUUGAAUGGCGUCACCGAAAAGUUGGAGUACCUCAAAGAAAUUGGCGUAACCGCCACUUGGCCGUCGCCAUUUCUGAAGUCACCCAUGGCCGACUUUGGCUAUGACAUCGAAGACUUCAAGGCUGUCGAUCCGCUGUUUGGCACUAUGGAUGAUUUUGAUCGCAUGAUGACGCGCGCCAAGCAGCUGAACGUCAAGAUCAUACUCGACUUUGUGCCCAAUCAUUCGAGCGAUGAGUGCGAUUGGUUCAAGCGCUCGGCUGCUGGUGAGGCCAAGUACAAGGAUUACUAUAUCUGGCAUCCGGGCUUUGUUGAGAAUGGCGUGCGCCGUCCACCCACCAAUUGGGUGAGCGUGUUCCGUGGCUCUGCCUGGGAGUGGCACGAGGGUCGCCAGGAGUACUAUCUGCAUCAGUUCCAUAAGAAGCAGCCCGACUUUAAUUUCCGCAAUCCUGUGGUGCGUGAGGAAAUGAACAAUGUGCUGCGCUUUUGGCUGGAACGUGGCGUCGAUGGCUUUCGUGUGGAUGCCAUUUAUCAUGCCUUUGAAGUGGAGGCCGAUGCCAAUGGCAACUAUCCGGAUGAGCCACGCAACGACUGGACCAACGAUCCAGAUGAGUAUGGCUAUACGCACAAGAUCUACACAGUGGAUCAGCCAGAGACGCCGCACUUGGUCUACGAGUGGCGUCAGAUUUUGGAAGACUUCCAGGCGCAGCAUGGCGGCGAUGAGCGCAUACUAAUGGUGGAGACCUGGUCACCCAUUGAGAUUGUCAUGCACUAUUAUGGCAAUGCAACGGCUGAGGGCGCACAGAUCCCCUUCAACUUCCAGCUGAUUAGCAAUCUGCAUCGUGACUCCGAUGCUUAUCACUACGAGUACCUAAUUAACAACUGGCUAUCGCUAAUGCCGAGCGGCAAGAGCGCCAACUGGGUGAUUGGCAACCAUGAUAAGAAUCGUGUGGGCUCACGCUUUGGCGCCGAUCGUGUUGAUCUCUUCAAUAUACUGCUGUUGACGCUGCCUGGCUGCAGCAUAACCUACCAGGGUGAGGAGCUGGGCAUGCUGGAUGCUUACAUCUCCUGGGCCGACACUGUCGAUCCGCAGGCCUGCAAUGGCGCCGAGGCCAACUACAUGGCCAUGUCACGUGAUCCUGCGCGCACGCCCAUGCAGUGGUCGGAUGAGAAGUUCGCUGGCUUCACCACAGGCUCGAGCACUUGGCUGCCAGUGGCUCAGGACUAUGCGCAGCGCAAUGUGCGCAAGGAGCGCGGCGUCUCGCUCAGUCAUUUGAAUAUUUUCAAGCGGCUGCAGCAGCUGCGCCAAGAGCCGUCCAUGCAGCAAGGCAAUGCUGAAAUCAAGGCCGUCAGCAAAUAUGUUUUGGCGGUCAAACGUCACAUGAGCGGCAGCUAUGUCUACAUAUCGCUGUUUAAUAUUUUCAACUCGAUUGAGAAUGUUAACUUGAACGGCGUGUUCAGCGGCUUGCCCGACAACUUCCAGUACGCUUUGGUCACGGACAAGUCCAUCAGGCAGCUGAGUGACAAAGUGUCCGCUGGCAGCGUCACCUUAAUGCCCCAUGAGUCGAUUGUUUUGCGUUCUACUGAAAUGCUUUAAUCAGCUGAUGCGAUACCACUUACAAUUGUAGGUACUACAUGCAUUAAAUAAAACAAAUAAAAUUGCCCUGCAAAUCCCACUGGGGUUCAGGCUUUAUUUUUGCACUUGAA